UUCAUUUGUCCACAAAAUUUGACAGUCAACUUUGGCACAAGCAGUUUUCGAGCUAUGUUGAGAGAAAGUCCCAGUUAAAUUAAAAUAAAAGUAAAUUUGUCUGACGACAACAAAAACCGCGAGCAGCUAAAAAAAUUAAUAAAACAUAAAAUUCGUUCGCCCCAAACCAGCGUGCGGCCCCGCAACCGAACGGUGUGAACGUCGCCUAACAGCCGAACAACCCAUUCCGCACGACCACGGCGCAUCGCUUCGGCGCAAAAAUCCACCAGCAGCCAUAUUGCUAACUGUCUAUCCGAAAAAUUUUGUGAUUUGAAAGGUGAUUUGAGUUGUGUUGCGAGAAGGGGUUCAUCGUAACAAUGUCCGUGUUAAACCAAAGUGGCGAGGAACAGCAGGAGUGUCCCCUAUGCAUGGAACCGCUUGAGGUGGACGAUCUGAAUUUCUAUCCGUGCACUUGUGAAUAUCAGAUAUGUCGUUUCUGCUGGCAUAGGAUUCGAACGGACGGCAACGGACUGUGUCCGGCUUGUCGUAAGGCCUAUUCGGAGAAUCCGGCCGAUUUUAUACCGUUGUCUCAAGAACAGGUGGCCAAACUGAAGGCGGAGAAGAGGCAGCGCGACCAGCAGCGCAAGGCGAAGCUGAGCGAGAGCAGGAAGCAUCUGGCCAGCGUGCGCGUCGUCCAACGCAAUCUGGUCUUCGUCGUUGGGCUGCCGGUCCGGCUGGCCGACGCCGAAACGCUACGUCGUCACGAGUACUUCGGCAAGUUCGGCAAAAUACACAAGGUGGUCAUAAACCAGUCGACGUCGUACGCCGGCUCGCAGGGUCCCAGCGCCAGCGCCUACGUCACAUACAUGAAGUCGGACGACGCCCUGAGGGCGAUACAGAGCGUCAACAACAUCACGAUCGACGGACGACAGAUCAAAUCCAGUCUGGGCACGACCAAGUACUGCUCUCACUUCAUGAAGAACCAGCCCUGUCCGAAGCCGGACUGCAUGUAUCUCCACGACUUUGGUGACCCAGAGGCCAGCUUUACUAAAGAACAGAUGCACGCGGGCAAGCAUCAGGAGUACGAGCGGAAAUUGCAUGACGCGCUGGUCGCACGUACCAACAACAACAACAACAACAGCAGUGCGACGACGCCGGCCGCAACGACGACGACGACGACGGCGAUGACGACGGUCGCGUCGGCGCCGCCCACUCACCAAACGCCGCCGGCAAACAGCGGCAAAGGGUGUGGUGGGAAAGAGGGUGGCGCGAACGGUAACGGGGGCGCGACCAAAGACGGCUGGCCCCAGCUGAACGUCGACAAAGAGCCGACGACCAAAAAGGAGAAGGAGAAGGCGAAAAAGUCGAAGACGAAGUCGGCCAGCGAGAAGCAGGGCAAGGACAGGGGUGGAAAGGGCGGUUCCGACGGCAAGACGGACGGCAGGACGGGUGGCAAGGCGGACGUCGCUGUGUUUGCCGAGGACACAAACUCAAACGUGUCGUCGUCGCCGACGCACGACCCGUCAGACCGGUCAGUCAGUCCGGAAUCGAUCGACAUCGCCGUCGUCGGCGGCGGCGGCAGCAGCAGCAGCAGCAACAACAGCGGUACCACGGGGUCGUCGUCAAUCGACCGGCCAACAACGCCACCUCACCACCAGCGACAGCAACAACCGCGACCGCUGUCGGCCGUGUCGCGACAGUUCGACGACGACGACAACACCAGCUUCUUCUCGUCGGGCAACACGUUCGCACGCCUCCACCACCGUAUGCCGAACGCGAUCGGCGACCGGGACCGGUCGACAAGCGACGACGGCGACACGACGGCUACGGCGAGCGGUGGCGACGACGACGCCGACGACGAACGAUCGACUAUGAGUCACAACGUACACCACCACCAUCACCACCACGUCCACCACCACCCGCACGAAUCGAUACUGACGGACGUGCUGCCCAAUAUUAAUACGUCCGAGGACUGGGUGGCGGCGUUCGGGCUCAACAGGCAACCGUUGCAUCGGCGCACCGGUUCGUCGACGGCGCCCAGUGCGGUGGAUAUUGAUCGGGACGAUGAUGAUGGGUUUGGUGUUACGCCUCUAAUGCACAAUGGUUUCGGCAAAGACAUAGGUCUGUACAACGACGCGAUCCUGGACAUGCUGAAUAAAACGACGGUGCCGAACGGAUUCGGCGUGCCGCCCACCUCGCAGUCGAACGCGCCCCAUUCGCCGCAGGCCGCGGUCCACAACGGCCACAACGGCUUGGACAAUCCGAUGUCCAAGUUCUUUAUGGACUUCCACAAUAACAAGCAACAGCAACAGCAGAACGGGCUGACGAACCACCAUCACCACAAUAGCCACCACCAUCAGCCACACUCGUAUCUGAACCAGACUGAGAGGUUGAUCUAUCUGCAACAGAAGCAGCUGGAGGAACAGCUGUUUAACAUGAAUUUCGGCAACAAGUUGUUUGGAGGAGGAAGCGGCGGCUCCAUGUCCGUGUUCCCGCAACAGAACGGUCUGACCGGCCUCGGCAACCACUACAUGAACGGCGGCGAUCACAGUCCCUCACAGUUCCCGCUGUACGGCGGGGGCGGCGGCGGCGGAGGCACCAGCACACCCACCAAACUGGGUUCGACGUCCACAUCGUCGACGUCGACGAGCAACAGCGGCAGUCGCGAGGACGAGCUCGACUUCGAUCCGAUACAGGAGACGCAGAAGGCGUUCGCCGAAAUGAUGGCGAACGAGCAGCAACAGAAACAGAACGGGACGGCGAGACAGCAUCAGCAGCAACAGAACGGCGGCAGCAGUUAUUUGCCGCCGCCGCCGCCCGGUUUCGUGCAGCCAACCAACACACACAUGAAUUCAUUCGGUAGUAAAAUUUUCCCGUUCCUGAGUAUGUCGUCGAGCAGUUCACAAGUCCCACAGACCAAUUCACAACAGAACUGGCCCAGUAAUUUUAGUUCGCCCUCGCCGCCUCAACAGUCACACAAUCCACACAAAAACAGUGUCAGUAAUACAGAUUGGAAGGUGUUGGACCCGGCAAUUCUGUCGUCGAGCCGCCACUUUUCGUUGGCCUCCAACGUCGCCCCCAUGCGAGAACAUUAUCCUCCCAAUUUACAAUUAGGUCAACUUUUAGGUUCCCAACAAAUUCAGCAACAACAACAACCACAGAACGGCAUUCCGCCGCAGCUGAGGAACUUCGACUUCACGAACAAUGCCUUCAGCAGCUUCACGCAACAGUUCCAUCAGCACCAACAGCCGUCAUAUAACAGCUACACGCAACAGCUGAACAAUUUAAAUCAGAGCAGUCUGAAUUGGUUCGGCGGCGGCGAACUGAACACGAACACAAUUUCGAGCCCGCCGGGCUUUAGGAACCAGACCACCAAACAGCAGGAGUGCUAGAAAAGAGAUUGGAUGUAUGAGAGACAAGAUUUAUCGAAGUAUAUUAUUGUAUUAUUAAAGCAAAACUAAAAAAAAAAUUUAUGUGCAUACAUUACACACAACACACCAGGACCUAUUAUUAAUUAAUUUAAUUCGUUUUCGGUAUGGAUCACCACUGUCAUUAACAUACGCCCAAAUCUACUUCUGGAGGACAAUGUAAAUAAACGAUUUUAAAUUGGUUCAACACGGCGUUUUUCUAUUGUGUCCGUUUUAUUUGACGUGCAAUAUUUGAAAAUUACUCGGGGUUCCUUUACAACGUACGAUUUGAAUUCGUAAAAGAUGCGGGGCACCUAACUUUUAAUGCGUACCAAAAGUUUCGACACAAUGUGCCCCAGAACCUCCGUCUUUUACGCGUUCCGAUGCGUCCCUGGAAGGAACCUCGGGGUACCACAAUUGUUUAGUUAAUUCCGCUGAAAAUUAUGCUCCAUACGGCUAGAGAAAACGUAUAUUGAAUUUGUGAAUACUUGCAAGUACUGAAAGUGCUUUAAUAUUAUUAUAAAAACAAAACUGAAUUGGGGGUGCUUGGACAUCAACAUAAAAAUAAAGAAAAUCAAUUAAACUAAUAUUAUUAUUCAUUUGAUUAUAUGAAAUAAAUAAAACAGCUAAAUAUAUGAUAUGAAAUUAUA